ACAAAAAGCAGUCAGGUGGUAUGAGAUGGAGAGACCUUACAACUACUCGACCAUCCCCCUCUCUCUUCUAUAUCUGCCAUUUUCUGUCGAUUCUGUACUCCAAACUCGAUUGAAUGGAUUUACUUUAAUCCACGCCCCCUCUCUUCGCAUGCCAUGUCAUCCAGCUCAAUUAAACCCGGAUCCCGCACGCCCCAUGCCAACAGCAACAACCCAAACUCCCUAAACUACUUCUCCUACCCCGUCACGCAUGUCGUCUCCGGCCUCUACCGUCGCUUCACAGACAAUCCCUCAUCCUCGAAAUCAUCCUCCGGCAAUAUGCCCAACCCCAUGAGCAACAACACCUCCACCACCCCCGGAGUCUUUACCCCCGUCCGAACCGCCUCUCCCUUCCAACCACCACCCCUAACACCCCUCACACUGACCUCCUCCUUCGAUUCAUUAUCAGAACCAGACCCCGACUCAGAUUCAGACUCCCUCCAACAACUCCUCACCCGCGCCCUCGCAGAGGAAAUCCGCCUCCUCGUCCCCGCCCGCCUCCAACUCGUCGAUACCUGGCGUUUAGCAUAUAGUCUCGAUCGCGACGGCGCAUCGCUGGGCACCCUCUACGCAAAAUGCAGGGACGUCGCAUCUCGAAGCCCCCGAGCGGGUUUCGUGCUAGUUGUCCGGGACGCAUCGCCCAACGGUGCGGUGUUCGGGGCGUACAUGACGGACCCCCCGCAUCCGAAUAAUCAUUACUACGGGACUGGGGAGUGUUUUCUGUGGCGGGCGAGUGUGCUUCCGCCGCCGGGGUCGAUGGGGUUGCAGGAUGUUUCUGGUGCUGCGGGGGGUGAGAAUCAUCCGCCGUCGGAGGAUUUGUUGGAGUUGGCUGGUUUGCCGCCGCCGCCUAGUGCGGAUACGACGAAUAUUGGACGAUCGACUACGUUGCGUGGGGAGUCGAAGCAGAAGGAUUCUUUUGAUACGAGUAAUAAUCGAUUGGCGCCACCGCGGUCACAGACACAGACACCUACGGGGAGCAUCCGCUCGGGGACGAGCACCCCAGAACGCAUCCGCUUCAAGGCAUUCCCCUACAGCGGCGUGAAUGACUGGAUGAUGUUUUGCGAAACUGGUUUCCUCAGUCUUGGUGGAGGUGACGGCCACUACGGUCUCUGGGUCGACUCCGGCCUCGAAAAAGGCGUCAGUGCACCAUGCCAGACAUUCGGGAACGAGCCUCUUUCCGAUGAAGGCGUCAAGUUCGAUAUCAUCGGCGUGGAGGUGUGGUAUGUUGGUGCUUGAGUUGGCCCCUACUGCCUACUUUGAUAUAUUCUGCCUGCUAUAUCUAAGCAUGCUAUAUUUAUUGGGUAUAUUAAAAGUGAUCUGGUUCGGGAAGAUUUAUGACAGAUCGUUGUGUACAUAUUUCAGAAUACCCGGACAUGAUGCGUGGCUGGUUCACCGUCGUGUUCUUCUGCGUCGUUUACAUAUAUAGAUCUCUGCUACUAUGGCGUUGGUUUACUCAACUCGAAUACCGGUAAAGAAUAAGGCUAAAAGCCUAUAGUCGAGUCCCUUAGAGCACUUAAGUCUCAAUUAUGAUCAUUGUAUUAAC